CGUAAGUAGAACGGAGUAGAAGCUUAGCCUUAAUUGCAUCGAGGAGGCGAAGGAUGGCUACGUCAGGGGCAAUUGCUGGUUCAAGUGGACGGAGAAUUGACAGGUYGCCACCAACAGGGUCGGAAGUGCCAGAGUCUGAAGACCAAAGGAUGAAGCAGCUCAUUGCAAAGUGCUAUGAGGACGGCAUCUUCCCGACGGAACUGAGACAAGGCAAAUUCAUUACGGAGAACGGAGAGCGCAUAUUCGUGGUGGAUGACCGAAUUGGUGAGCUAACUACUAAGUGGCUCAAGGAGCGCACUGUAACGAUAAUCUUCCAGGGUGAGGCUCGCUCUCUACCAGCCAAGAUAAGGGAGGAUCUCGUUCGAGCCUACGAAAACGGAUGGACGAGAUCGAGGACAUUCUCAAGGCAAGUCAAACGAGGGAGAGUGCACUCGGAGGGUCCUAACGUUAUGUCAUAUGUCGCCAUGCAGCAGGAGGUGGCAGAUUGGAUGAUUCGGAAAGCGGAAGACAAAGUUAUUAUUAGAGGAAUUGAAUACAAAAUGCUAUUUAAACCAUGGCUGACGCGCCGAGAACUGGAAGAAAGAAGAAGAAUGGAAGAUGCUUCCAAAUUCUGGGUGAUGGCUUUACGUGUCCCUCUGCGUGCUAUGUUACCAGUAACGGGUAUGGUGCAACAGGCCAUGGGUAGAAUCAUGAACGUGAUUCCCCCACAACCGGAUGCAACCAGACCGAAACUGAUGAAUUUAAAAUUCAAACUGGUUCCGGAGGCAGAAAGUGCUUUUGUCUCGCUCUUACCUCUACGCCUGGAAGACGGUGAAACGAUUAAUAUAGACUUUGUCUGUAAACAUACGGCAUGGUGUGAUCGUUGCCGCUGGUGGUUUCAUACGGCGACAGAUGGCUGCCUGAAGCUUACACAGCAGGAAGACGAGCAGGGACGAAGAGCACCAUCAUCGGACCAUUAUUUGGCAAGAAUGUGGCAGGAACCAAGCGUAGCAGCACAGGGAGGAAUACGAGAGGCGGCACGAAACUUACCAAUCGAGAUAACUCUAGACGCCGUAGCCGAAUCGUCCUUGAGAGGGGGCAGAGGUGGAGGUCAACGCAGAAGGUCAUCUCCGGCCAUUUCAGCGGCGACAGGACAGCCAGUGUUCGGCAACCAAUCACAGUCCGCAGUCCCUUUCCAGGCGCAAUACACCUCAGGAGGACUUCAUCCACCAGCUCACCAGGCAACACCAUCUAAUUGGGGAGCGUCAGGAUUUAUGCCCCUGGGAAAUCUACAGCUGCCACGGUCACAAUCAGGACAAGAUGCAAGAGGUGAUCCGCAAGGUUCAUUUAUUCCAGGAGCCGCAGAUUUCCCGUCUGGACAUGGGGAAUACCCAUGGCAUCCUGUCAUAGUCGAAGCAGCGGGGAUCUUGGCCGCAAGGAUGGGUCAAAACACCCUUGUUGGUCAGCCUCAGCAACAGUAUCUAGGGGGGAAUGGUUUUGCCACAGGAAUGUCGUCGGGAGUGUCAGCGUCAAGGGAACUGACGACAGUUUUUGAAGACGGUCACGGAGGAGCCCAGAGCGGUGGAUCUCGACUUGUUGAUCGGAGGGUGCGGCUUCCUAGAGGAGACGGGAUUAAAAAAAACGAGAGAUCGGCGUGCUCUGAAGAAGUUCGCAGCCUGAAGCCCCGACCACAACAAGAGAGAGUAGAGUCAAGCGACUCGGAGGAGGAAUCGGAUGCAGGCAACGGAGGGGGUAUAGAAGACGAAGAAGUAAGAUCGCUGGUAGAUAUUCACGAAGGAGCUGAUGCAAGGGCAAGGGACGUUGUUGACAUGGAGACGAACUAUCUUUUGCCACUGGUUUGUACGCUUCAAAGGGGUGAAAUUUUUGUAGUAGGUCUCAGAUCAGUUGAGAACCAAUUGAACCUUCCUGUUAGCAGUAUCUCCGAACUUCCCUCAUGCUCUUCUGUAGUAGAGAGGGUGUCGAGCUUGUUUGCUCAGAGAUUCAUGUUUCGGAUUUUUCCAGAGGAUUCCUUAACCAGGUUGAGAGUGGAUCUGCCCCAAGGAGGGAGUAUCAAGUACUCUGUGGCCUUAAUUGACGCUCGCUUGGAACCGGAUCAAUGGCAAGGGUUGUGCAACGUAGGUUUAUUUGCAAUCCCGUUGAGGAUUCUAUUGGCGGAUCAUCAGAAGGAGCUAGAGCAAGUGAGUAUAGAACCCAAUCAGACGGCUUCCUUCUUACUGAAUCUGAACGGGGCAAUGCUAAGGAGAAGGAAUUUGACGUCAGCCUACUUUGCGGAGGUUCUCAGCACCAGAUGGCCUGAUGCACUCUUCAAUCAAGGACAAAUCCGAUCUGUCGGUGUCCAACAGCCAGGACUAAAUGGGGAAGCUUAACAUAGCUUCGUGGAAUGUUCAGGGGCUAG